UUUUGGUCAGCCAUAUUGUUUGUUGUUGUUACUGUCAAAUGCUGUUACCGUGUUCGGUUGUUGUCAAGAUUUUUAUUUAUUUCUUUGAUAUAAAGUGUUCUGUAGAAUGUCUAAAGUGAUAAAAAGUGGUGGCCGAGAAAUGAUACUGCAAGUAAUGGCGUUUUCUGAACCAGAACAGCAAAAUCAAGGACUUUUGAUACCAUUAGACAAUGUACGCAAGAGAGUCGCUGCCAUUACAGGUGUAUCUGAGAAAACCGUAUCAAGAAUAAUACAAGAAGGAAAGACUGCUGCAAGUACUUCAAAAAAGAUUAUCAUACCAGGGAAGAGUCGUCCACGACAAAAUAAGAUAAUUAUAGAUGAUUUUGAUAUUUGUGCUAUUCGCCAUAAAAUUCACCAAUUUUAUGCUGUAAAAAAGGAACUGCUGACAUUAAGCAAAUUACUUGCAGUGUUAAAACAAGACAUUAAUUUUAAAGGAAAUCGUUAAGAAGAC